GAGUUGACGUCAGCUAAGCUUGGUUGGUGUCGGCUCUGUGCUUCGGGACUCCCUCUGGGGGGAUUUUGCCAACUGGGAACUGCAAAGCCAGAAACCUCGAACCCAGACCCCUGCAAGUUCACAGCAGCAACUUCGUAGGCCAGCCACAGCCCGCGAAUUCGCCCGCUUUCCGUUUUCCCUCACAGCGGGCUCCCGCAUCGCGCCGGGUUCCUCGCGACAGUGUCGGUGCCCCGCGGCGGAGCGAUGAAGGCGCCGAAGCGGGGGGCGAAGGCGCCGCGCGCAGGUGGCGGACGAGGCGAGUCGGACGGGCCGCAGAUGGCGCCCACCGUGAUUUCCGACAGCCGCUUCGCCGCGCUCCACUCCGACCCGCGCUUCGCGCGCGUGCCGCUGAAGGAGACGCGGGUGGCCGUGGACCCGCGGUUCGCGGGCAUGUUCCACGAGCGGCACUUCGGCGAGCAGGGCGGCGUGGACAAGCGCGGCCGGCGGACGCACGCCGAGCGAGGGGCGGACCUCAAGCGGUACUACCGUGUGGAGGAGGAGGGGGAGGAGGAGGAGGGGGAGGAGGAGAAGGAGCAGGGAGAGGAGGGAGAGGAAGAAGAGGAGGGGGAUUCGGAGGAAGAGGAGGAGGAGACGGAUGAGGAGGAGGCGGGUGAGGAGGAGGCGGGUGAGGAGGAGGGGGAAGAGAAGGGAGAAAAAGUGCAGAAGAGGGCGAGGAAAAAAGUGGAGACGAGAUUUGGAAAGAAGUUGGAAGAGGAGGAGGGAGAAGAGGAGGAGGGAGAAGAAGAGGAGGGAGAAGAAGAGGAGGGAGAAGAGGAGGAGGGAGAAGAGGAGGAGGAAGAAGUGGAUGGGAGUGAUGAAGAAGAGGAAAGGGAGGACUCACAAGACUCCUCCUCCUCCUCCUCCUCCUCCUCCUCCUCCUCCUCCUCCUCCUCAAGCUCUGACAGUGAGAGUGAAGAUGACGUGGAGUCAGGCCAACAGGAGGAGCGGGUGGAGGAGGUGGAGGAGGCGACGCGGCGCGUGGCGGUGGUGAACAUGGACUGGGACAACCUCAGGGCGGUGGACAUCCUGGUGGUGCUGCGCUCCUUCGUGCCGCCUGGGGGGCGCAUCACAGCGGUGACGGUGUACCCCUCCGACUUCGGGCAGCAGCAGAUGCAGGCGGAGCUCGAGCGCGGGCCGCAGGGGCUCUUCCAAGGGGGGAAGGGGGGCCGGGGCAAGGCGGGCAGGGCUGGGAAAGUGUGGGGACGACAGCAGGAUGAGGGGAAGGGGGAGGAGGGUGAGGAGGAGGGUGAGGAGGAGGGGGAGGAGGAGGGGGGAGAGAGCAGCGAGGAGGGCGAGGGCGUGGAUGCGGAGAGGCUGAGGGAGUACGAGAAGGCCAAGCUCAGGUACUACUACGCGGUGGUGGAGUGCGACAGCGCGGGCACGGCGGCGCAUCUGUAUGCGGAGUGCGACGGCAUGGAGUUUGAGAGCAGCGCUAACCAGCUCGACCUGCGUUUCAUCCCCGACACCAUGGACUUUGCCCUCAGGCACCCCAGGGACUCCUGCUCUGAGGUGCCAGCGGACUACGAGGCGCCGGUGUUCUCAACGCGUGUGCUGCAGCACAGCACCGUGAAGCUCACCUGGGACGAGGACGAACCCACCCGCAUCAGAGCGCUGCGCCGCAAGUUCGCCUCCGACCAGGUGGCAGAGCUCGACUUCCGGGACUACCUCGCGUCGUCGUCAGGGGAGGAGGGCGAGGAGGAGGAGGAGGCGGAAGGGAAGGGGGAUGAGCAGGAAGAGGAAGAGGAGGUUAGAAGGGAGAACUGUAGUAGGAAGGAGCAGAAGAAGAAAGGGCGAGCCGGAGGCACACGAGAGAAGCUGAGGAGCCUCUUGAAGGGGCUGGCUGGGGAUGGCAGGGGGAAGGGCAAGGGCAAGAAGGCGAAGGCAGGGGGGUCAGGGGGUGAGGAGUCGGAUGGGGGAGCGUCAGAGUCGUCGUCGGGCGACGCAGAGAUGGAGGUGACGUUCGCCACGGGCCUCAGCGCUCUCAACGAGAAACUCGCUCGGCGCCGCAGCGAGCAGCAGCGCGCCGCCAGCGAGACGGUGUUUGAGGCGUACCAGCGACGGCGGAAGGAGAAGAAAAAGGAGAGAAGGCGGCAGGUGGAGGCGGGUAAGGCAGCAGGGAGAGAGGCAGGGGGAGGGGGAGAGGAGGAUUCAGGGGGUUGUGGUGAAGAGGAGGGCGACGAUGAUCUGUAUGACAUGAGCCGGCUCCAGGAGGAGGGCGACCCCUUCUUUGCGCACGACGACACCGAGGACCCCUUUGCCGACCCCUUCUUCACCGGUGCUGGUGAUAGUGGUCAGGGGAAGACUGCCAAGGGAAAGCCAGGAGAGGUGAAGGGCAGGAAGGCAGGGAAGAGCGAAUACGAGAGGAAAGCGGAGGAGAGGGAGAGGAAGAGAGAGGAGAGGGAGCGGGAGAGGGCGGAGGAGGAGAGGAGGAGGGCGGAGUUGGAGUUGUUGCUCAUGGACGGGGGGACGGGCGCAGGGGCGGGCACGGGGGUGAAGGGGUUCAACCUGAAGGCGGAUGCGCGGCGGGCCAAGGAGAAAAGGCGCGCGGACAAGAGGGGCAAGAGGCAGGGGAGUGGGGAGGAGGAGCUUGAUGGGCAGGGAGAAGGACUACGGUUGGUGGGUGGAGGGCGGGAUGUGGGGAGGGGUGGAAGAGGGGGGAAGGGUGGGAAGGAGGAGGGGGUGCGUGGAGUGGACGUGGAGGACCCGCGCUUCGCCGCGCUCUUCACGUCCUCGCAGUUUGCCAUUGACCCCACCGACCCUCGCUUCCAGAGGACGUCGGCGCAGCAGCAGCUGAUCGCAGAGAGGCAGCGCCGCAGAGCACCGGGAGGGGAAGCAGCAGUCACAGGCGAUGGGAGGGGGCGUAGAGUAAACGUGCAGGGGGGAAGGGGGGAGAAUGGGGAUGGAGUGGAGGGGAGGGGUGGGGCGAGUGGGAAGGCAGAACUGAAUGUGGUGGUGAAGAGCCUCAAGCGCAAGAUGGGGCAUGGUACGGGCAAAAAGUUGGAUGGCAUGAAGAAGCAAAGGCAAUGAUAUUUUGGAAGGGUGGAGCAAUGAUGCCAACGGAAUACAUCAGAUGGCUUCAAACAAUGUGUAAAACCUAGGGACUCGAUAAGCACGACUCAGGUAACCAACCGUACUGUAUGUUCUUAGAGUACAACUCCAACCCUAUAUUUCCCUUGUUCACCCUUGUUUCUAAUCAUUCUAGUAUUC